AUGGAGUCGGUGCGGAGCGCCUUCCACGCACAGCUGGCCACCGUCAUGGACUCCCUGCUGGCCGCCGCCGUGUGCGAGAUCGCCAAGAUCUUCGAGGGCAGCCUGUGCGAGCAGCAGGCGGAGCUGGUGCAGAAGACCGAGGAGAUCUCCGUCCUCCGAGGCAAGCUGGAGAAGGUGGAGAGGAGGCAGCGGGCGAAGGGCGGCCCGGGCGAGGAAGGGGAGAUGCCACCGGCGGAGAGAGAGGGCAGCAUGAGGCAGCAGACCCCGACAGGAUCAGGACUGAAUGUGGGGAAGGAUGUGACUUCUCACCCAGACCCAGUAGAAGAGCUCAGUCAGAGCCUCAGUGGACUGAAAGAGGAGGUGACGUGCCAGGACGGAGCUUCAGUAAAACAUGAGCAUGCGGGUUCACGGCCUAACCUGGGGUCUGUCGCAGCUCAAACUGUGGAGGGAAGACUUGCUGCUGGGGACCAGAGGCAGACAGAUACUUUGUCUAUCACACAAAACAAGUCCAAAUUGUCUCAUUGGGACCAUGGCAGUCGCAGUGUAGACCACAGGCCCCUUCAGGAUCAAGCCUCCACCCCGUUUCUCUCCAUCUCCCAGAGUGGACGUUGCUCUCCCAGGCCUGACCCAGGCUUAGCUCAACCAGGGGAUUGGUUACCAGCGUUGGAUGCCACUCGAGGUAGGAUGCCCGGUCUAGAGAAUCUGCAGGCAGAUGGCACCAGCUGCCCUGGACCAGCUAGCAGCAGUACUGGCACUGACGCAUCCUGCUUCCGACCUGGUUUUGUCUCUGACGAGACCAGCAAUGAAGAUGACAAUAGUUCUUUCCCUUUCCUGGACCAGGAGCCUGAGGACCAGAACCCCAGUCAGAACUCCGUGCAGGGACAGGGUGUCGGGCAGAGGGAGGCUCAGCAGGAUCAACCCCAAGCUCCCACUGGCCAAUCACCAUGGAGACUCAGAGAUGACCGGGCUGGGAGAGGCCCCAUCAAUCACACACGGCGAGCGACAGCAUUGGGCAGCAGAGACCCUCUAAGACCACAGUCCAACUCGCAGUCGCUCACAUUACGGCACACAAAUGCCCUCAGCCACCCUCCAGCUCCUGGUGGAGGGAAUGGACGACCGUACACAUGUCCCUACUGUGCCAAGUGCUUUACAUACCCCUCCCACCAGCGCAGGCACCUUUUGCGCCACACGGGGGUCCGACUGCAUCCCUGUCAGUUUUGUGAAAAGAGCUUCCUCACUCCCUCCGAGCUGACUGUUCACACUCGCACACACACAGGGGAGCGGCCUUUUGGCUGCGCUCAGUGCGGUAAACGUUUUGCCCGCAGCGGGAACUUGAGGGCCCACCAACGGGAUGUUCACAUGGGCAAGAGGCCCUUCGCUUGCACAGAGUGUGGAAAGAGAUUCGCUCACAGGGGGAACCUGAGGGUGCACAAUCACAGAGUCCACCAAGGAGAUCCCUACUACAUGGAAGACCAGCAGGAGCCUGACAUAGGCCAGAAUCCCAUCUGAGAAGAUCACAAGAAAAAGAUUGUUCUGCACUUUAAUUUUGUUGUCAAACCCGAGGAGCUUGUUUCAGGGCUGCCCAUUAAGUCCCACCUGAAUUUUUCAAUGAACACCUAAAACAGCUUGAAAGUAUUUAAGAAUUUUGAUUUGUUGGUUUUGUUUUUUAGUUUUUUAUUUGCUGUGGCGCAACUAUAAAAAGAUCAGCCAUCAGAUUUGUUUGUUAUAAAUGAAGUAUGAGAUCAAAAAGAUUUUUGCCUUCAGUUUAUCUUGGAUGAUGAUUCAAGUCAGAGUUAAGGGUCACACUAAGGGUCACACUAAGAAGGAAACACUUUUACUGUAUUAGUGACUGGCUAUAAUAAGCAACAGUAUUAGCUGUUUUUGUACAAAAAUAAUCUCCAGGUUGACCCAUUGAUCCAAUGGUUUUCCUCCCUGUCAGUCACUGAACAAAUCCACUCACCAUUUCAUUACUCUAGUUGAGAGAAGAACCACGUUUUUUAAUGAAGCCACUAAAAAAGGCUCGUUGAUAUUAGAUUUAGACAUGUGGCAUGCAACAUUGUGCUUAUCUACUGCCCAUCUCCUCAAACAUAUUUACACUGUGCUUAAAAUACAAAUGUUAUUGCAAAAAGUACAUAACCUUGUUGUUAAAGGACUGUGCUUUUAUUUUCAUCCUGUCUUUGCAAAGGGAAAUUAAAUAACAUACACGUGUAAAAAAUGAUUUGUUCUCAUCUUGAAACCAUGCAUUCAUUAAUCUAAUAUUGUUGCAAUGCUGAUUGUCAGACACCGGGGGGCAGUGUGAACAUGCAAACGAGUUGUAGAAAUAGUUAAGGACAUCAUUGCACAUAGGAAGAAGCCCUUCUCAGUAUGUUUGACAGUUUCCCCUUUAGUUUCACAUUUUUCACUCAAUGUUUGCACUUGUGUAAUCAUACCCUCGCUCAAUUGUAUGUGUGUGCUUAAAAUGCAAAGUCAAAGUGUGGGUAUAUGAGACCCUGGGCUCACGUGUUUGACUGUAAAAUGCCAAAUUUCUCUGCUGCAGUUUGUAUUGAAGUGUGUUUGUAAAACCAACUGCAUUUUAUUCAUAAAAAUCCUUAAAUAGCA